ACAGGCAUAUUAUGGGGAUUGCAUAAAAAGGGAGUUUGAAUGAUCAAAGAAUUUGGAGAAAAUGUGUGAUUUUACAUAUUUGACCAUGUCUAUAAGACAAUGUCACGUGAGUUAAUGUUUGAUAUUCUCCUCCUCAAUGUGUUCACUCCCAUGGACGGCGAGCUUUCAACUCGGGUUACUCUGCCGAGAGAAUAUCAAUGGAGAAUAAUACUUAAUACUAAAUUCUGGGUGAUAUAAAUUAACGGAGUAUUUCACAAGAAAAAAUAAAUGUAAAUAAAGUAGCACAACCGUAGCAAACGACUUGGCUUCGGCGGGAAAUGACACAUUGAUGAGAGUCUUUGGGAACAUGCUGGUGACUCAUACGGUAUCUCGGAUCCGUCUGGUCCCUCCGCCAUCAGGUAGACACGAGCCACUUCAUUCUCGGAACCACCGCCUCGGACCGUAUGGAGACCAAGUCCCGCGCCAUGCGCGUAUCUCCGCGUCCUGGGACGGAUCCAGCAGGAACUCCGAUCAACAAACACUACCUCAGCCUUUACGGGGACUAAAAACAUGCGAAACCUUUGUCGGGGUGUCUUCAGUUGGUGCCCACAAACCCAAACAGGGAACUCCCUCGACGUGUGCAGGCUGUUCCUCCGCGGAGCACACACGCCUUCAGCAUCCGCGAACAUGUCUUCGGCUCUGCCUUCUUCCAAAGCGCUCUACAUCGGGAUGGAGGUGGUGAUCGCCGUGUCGUCGGUCAUCGGUAACGUGAUGGUGGUUUGGGCUGUGCGGAUUAACCGCUCUCUCAGAGACACCACGUUUUGUUUCAUCGUCUCCCUGGCCUUGGCUGACAUUGCGGUCGGGGCUCUUGUCAUCCCCCUCGCCAUAACCAUCAGCAUCGGACUUCAGACGCACUUUUACAGCUGCCUGCUGGUCGCCUGCACUGUGCUUGUCCUCACACAAAGUUCAAUCCUGGCGCUUCUGGCCAUCGCCAUCGACCGUUAUCUGAGAGUCAAAAUACCCAUGAGCUACAAGCGGUUGGUGACUCCCCGACGAGCUGGCACGGCCGUAUUAUUGUGUUGGCUGGUGUCCAUCAUAGUUGGGCUCACGCCCAUGUUGGGUUGGAAUAACCUACAGCUUCUCCGUGACAAUGAAUCCCUGCUCAGUGAUGACCUCUUGGUAACCUGUGAGUUUGAGACCGUCAUCAGCAUGGACUACAUGGUCUACUUCAACUUCUUUGGCUGGGUGCUGCCCCCUCUGCUCCUCAUGCUGGCCAUCUAUGUGGAGAUUUUCUACAUGAUCCACAAGCAGCUCAACAAGAAGGUGUCGGCCAGCCACACAGACCCCAGCCGUUACUAUGGCAAGGAGCUGAAGUUAGCCAAGUCGCUCGCCCUUGUUCUUUUCCUCUUUGCGGUGAGCUGGCUCCCUCUCCACAUCCUCAACUGCAUCACCCUCUUUUGCCCUGCUUGUGAUAAGCCAAUGUUCCUCAUUUACAUCGCCAUCAUCCUCACCCACGGAAACUCGGCCGUCAACCCCAUCGUGUACGCCUUCCGCAUAAAGAAAUUCCGCACUGCGUUCCGGAAAAUAUGGAAACAGUAUGUGCUUUGUCAGGAUCCAGUCGGUCGGCUCCCUCAAAGAGGGAGCCAGAGAGGACAGAGUCAUGAGACGAGGCUGAACCAGAACGAUGAUGAUGAUGAUGUGUGACCAUUGGCAGCUAAUUCGAUCUCUGAAGUUUCACUGCACUGGUUCACAGAAUGGACAAGACUUGAGGGGUUACUGUUCAAAACGGUCCUAAUGGCAUCACAAGACUUCAGAGGAAUGAAAGCGAUGAGGGAACUCCUUCUUUGGCAAAUUUAUUCCGUCCAACACACUCUGAGAGGACAUGAUGAUAAAUCGGCAUGGAGACCAGAUAAAUAUCUUAAAUCAGACUUUGAUUUGAACAACACUGAUUAUUUAUUUCUACACGCAUUGACAAAAUGAAGAUGAUUUUGAAUUACAUUAGGGGCUUUUCAUCAGUUUCAACAUCAACCUGUUGAACUUGAAUCAGUAAGUGUAUUUUUGUAGCACAUCCGGUACAAAGAGUACUAGAAGUAGUGUAUGCUGAAUUGUAUUUCUUAUCUGAAUUUUAAUUAAAACUCAUUUACAUAUAUGAAUGGC